CGGCAGAUUUGAAAGCGGUCAUUGUCCAGCGAGUCGGGAGGACAUUUGCGCGAGAACACAAUUGAAAUCAAUCCCCAAAUGCCAACAUUUUCCUAAAUCAUUUUAAUCAUUUUUGACACACAGGAAGAGUCCCUCCCCCCGGUCACCCUCGAAUCCAUCUUCCAUCUACUGUGAAAUGGCCGCAAUUAGUUUUUGAAGUGAAUUUGGAUUCGCGAGCGUGUUGACGACGACGCGUGACGUCACCGACUCGGCCGAUGACGUCACCGCCAGUGCCGGGACAAAGAGUGCGCUCGGUUUGGAACACCGGCGUCGUCCGUGUCCGCUUGCAAUCGUUGGACUCGGGGAAACAUGUCCGCGGUUCCCUUUUUGUUGACGGAAAUGUUUGGGAGCUCGUCGCUAUCGAAGGGCUCCCCCUCGAGGAAGCUCACCAAGUCGCAACUUGGCCAAACGGUGGCGGUGGCGCGUCCCCAUUGUUGACAGUCGUAAGGCGAGAACUCAAGUUCGUGAAAUAUGAGGCCGCUGCCUGCGUGCUAACGCGAAGCUAGCGUUGAAAGCUUCAUCGGAGGGGCGGGCGGUGACCGAACCCUUGGCAAGUGUGUUCGGUUUGCCGGACGGCACGCGGCGGCAACACGGACAAAAAGUGCCGAGCGCCGAUUUCAGAGACGGAGAGGAAGAAUCCCGUCAUCGAGACCGGAACCGGUGAAGUUUGCGUUCGUCACACCGUCUGGAGGACGGACCGGGACCGUGUCCCUUUAAGAGCCUGCCGUUACAGGAAGUCGGAGGGGCGGUUCCAGCCCAAACCGCACGACGGAACCCGCCGCGGGACCCCGAGCCUCGGCGUCAGCCUCGCCGCCGUCCUGUCAUGGUCGCUGGCGGCGGACGCGCGACAUGGCGUCUCUAGCGGGCUCGAGCGACGACCCGGACCUGGACGCGUCCCUGCGCCGGAUGCUCAAGGCCAUCGCCGACGAACGGAACCGACUCAACGUCCGCCAGGAGAUCAGCGGCCUGGGUUGUUUGAAGGACGACCGGAUCGCGUUCUGGACCUGGAUGUUCUCCACGUACUUCAUGGAGAAGCGCGCCCCCCGGGAGGACGACAUGCUCUUCUACGUCCGCAGGAAGUUGGCCUACGCGGGCGCGGACAACGUCGAGGACAAGAAGGUGGAGGUCGAAGUUUACAGGAGAGACUCCAAGAAGCUUCCGGGCCUCGGAGACCCCGACAUCGACUGGGAGGAGAGCGUCUACCUCAACCUCGUCCUGCAGAAGGUGGCGCUCGCUCGCACCGACGACCCGCGUCGCGUCGCCUCACCUGCGUGCGUGCGUGCGUGCGCGCGCGACGUCCAUUGUGUGCGUCCGUCUGUGCGUGUUGCAGCUGGACUACGUGGUGACGUGCGCCGUGUGCACGCGAUCGGACGCCGGCGACAUUCACGUCCACAAGAAGAAAUGUCAGGAAGUCUUUGCGUCUCCCAGCAAACACGCCAUGGACAGCAAAGGGGAGGAGUCCAAGAUGAGCUACCCCAACAUCUUUUUCAUGAUCGACAACUUCGAGGAGGUGUUCCGGGACAUGACGGUGGGCGAGGGAGAGAUGGUGUGCGUGGAGCUGGUGGCCAGCGACAAGUCCAACGCCUUCCAGGGCGUCAUCUUCCAGGGUUCCAUUCGCUACGAGGCGCUCAGGAAGGUCUACGACAACCGGGUCAGCGUGGCGGCCAAAAUGGCGCAGCGGAUGUCCUUUGGCUUCUACAAGUUCAGCGGCUUGGAGUUUGUGCGUAUGAAGGGGCCGCAGGGCAAAGGUCACGCCGAGAUGGCCGUCAGCAGGGUGCCGGACGGAGCGGACGGCGACCGGGACGACGACCGCACGCCGCCGCACGAGAGGGUGACGUCGUUCAGCACGCCGCCGACGCCCGAGCGCAACCGCCCGUCGUUCUUCUCGCCGUCGCUGCGUCGCAAGGUUCCCCGCCACAAGAUGGCCGAGAUGAAGAAGUCGCACUCGGCCAACGACAGCGAAGAGUUCUUUCGGGAAGACGACGACCAAGACCUCCACGCCGCCACCAACCUGCGCUCGCGCUCGCUGUCGGGGACGGGUCGCUCGCUGGUGGGGUCGUGGCUGAAACUGAACCGGGCCGACGACUACUUCCUGCUUUUCUCGCACCUCACCUACGUCACGCUGCCUCUGCACCGCAUCACCGCCGACAUCUUGGAGGUGCGCCAGAAGCCCAUCUUGAUGACGUAGCGACGAGCCGCUCUGCAUCUGUCCGUCCUGCUUGUGCGCAGCAGCGCCCCCUCGGGGCCGACGACCGGACCGGCCGUCCGACAAGUGCCUCCCUCCUCUUGGCGUUGGUCCUCUUCUUCUUCACCUCCUGGCGCCGGUCUCCGACAUCAACGCAGCUGAGCGAAAGCCAACGAGACGUCACUCCCGCCGCGGCGAUCGGACGCUUAACGCCAAAAGGGAAGAAAAAAACUUGGGGUGUUGAUUUGGGCCAAACAGGAAGUGCAGUGCUGACAUUUGGACUUUUUUAA